CGAUCUGAAGUUCUUCUUGCAGGAAGAAGAAGAACUGCACUUGUGUUUGUUAGUUACAGUCACUUACAGGAAAUGAUGAAACCGAAAGGAAACCUGCACAGAUGAAGCGACGCCAUUUCAGUGUUCACACGAUCAUAAAUCGCACUUUACAUUUCCUUGCAGGUGUAAAAUCAACAUUUUAAAUGCUGUCAUGACCUCCAGAAAGAUUCUCUCUGGAGAAAGUCACACAAACACCAUGAAAAGUGAACCCAGCUGUGUGUCCAUGAAGAGUGACGGGUCAAUGAAUGAUCCACCUGUCUUCAGUUCAGGAGCCCCUUGUGUUGAUGUGAGUGUGAAUAGAGAUGAUGUGACUGGAGACCUGCAGCAGGAGUCUCAUCCACCAGUAGAUGAUGUUCUUCAGAGAGUCAAAGACAAACACAAAACCAGCAUGAAGAACAAGUAUGAGAGCUUAUUUGAGGGAAUACAAGAGAAUCAAACCCUGCUGAACAGCAUUUACACACUGCUCUACAUCAUAGAGGGAGAGAGUGAAGGGGUGAAUGAAGAACAUGAGGUUUUACACAUGGAGAAAACACCCAGAACUCAACACAUACAUGACACUGCAAUCUACUGCAAUGACAUCUUUAAACAUGAACCAAGAUGUGUGGAGAAGAGAACAGACAAAAUAAAGACUGUUCUUACUAAAGGCAUCGCUGGAAUUGGAAAAACAGUCUCAGUGCAGAAGUUCAUUCUGGACUGGGCAGAGGGAAAAGCCAAUCAGGAUGUAGAUUUCAUGUUUGUGCUUCCAUUUCGAGAGCUGAACUUGAUUAAAGAUGAGCCGUACAGUCUUCACAAGCUUCUGCUGGACUUUCAUCCAGAACUUCAUGAUCUGGACUCAAAGAUUUAUGAUCAGUGUAAACUUGUGUUCAUCUUUGAUGGUCUGGAUGAAAGCAGAAUUAAACUGGAGUUUUCAGACAGUGAGAAAGUUCCUGAUGUGACUGAGACUUCAUCAGUGGGUGUGUUGAUGUCAAACCUCAUCAAAGGAGAUCUGCUUCCCUCUGCUCUCAUCUGGAUCACCUCCAGACCAGCAGCAGCCAAUCAGAUCCCCUCCAAAUACAUCAAGCGUGUGACAGAGAUUCAGGGAUUCAAUGACCCUCAGAAGGAGGAAUAUUUCAGGAAGAGAAUCAGUGAUGAACAUCAAGCCAGCAGAAUCAUCUCACACAUUAGAAGAGCAAGAAGCCUCCACAUCAUGUGCCACAUUCCAGUCUUCUGUUGGAUCUCAUCCACUGUGCUUCAAAACAUCCUGAAACAAGAUGACAGUGCAGAAAUCCCUCAAACGCUGACUGAAAUGUACAUCCACUUCCUGCUCAUUCAGAUCAAUAUGAGGAAUCAGAAGUAUGAAAAUAGAGAUCCAGAGAAACUGAAGAAGGAUAAAAAGAGAAAAAAGAGAUGUCUGAAGAAACUUCUGCAGUCCAACAGAGAAGUAAUUCUGAAACUUGCUGAACUGGCUUUGAAACAGCUGAUGAAGGGCAAUAUCAUGUUCUAUGAGGAGGACCUGAAAGAGAGCGGCAUAGAUGUCACAGAUGCCUCAGUGUAUUCUGGGAUUUGCACUGAGAUCUUUAAGGAGGAAUCUGUGAUUCAUCAGAGGAAAGUCUUCUGCUUCAUUCAUCUGAGUUCUCAAGAGUUUCUAGCUGCUCUAUACUUGUUUUACCAUUAUGUAAUCAAAAGUGUUGACACAUUGCAGUUUUUCGAUGUAGUACACAGUCUGCAUACGAACACUGUAGAUAAAGCCCUUCAGAGUGCAAAUGGACAGCUGGAUCUUGUCCUCCGAUUCCUGCUGGGCAUAUCACUGGAGUCCAAUCAGAAACUUUUACAGGAUCUACUGACACACACAGAACACAGCUCAGAGAGCAUCAAGAAAACCUCACAGUACAUUAAAGACAAAAUCAAGAAUGGCAAACAUCUCUCCACUGAAAGAUCCAUCAAUCUGUUGCUGUGUCUGCUGGAGAUGAAAGAUCUGACUCUGUACAGAGAGAUUCAGAAGUUUGUGAAAUCAGACAAACACGCAGAGGAGAAACUCUCUCCUGCUCAAUGUUCAGCGAUCGCCUACAUGCUUCAGAUGUCAGAGGAGGUGCUGGAUGAGCUGGACCUGAAGAAAUACAACACAUCAGAUGAGGGCAGAAGACGACUGAUACCAGCUGUGGGCAACUGCAGAAAAGCUCUUCUGCCUGUUUGUAAUCUCACUGGUCAGUGCUGUGAAAUUGUGGCCUCAGCUCUACAAUCAUCAAACUCCCUGAGAGAGCUGGACCUGAGUAACAAUGACCUGCAGGAUUCAGGAGUGAAGCUGCUCUCUGAUGGACUGAAGAUUACAACCUGUACACUGGAGAUACUGAGAUUAUCUGGAUGUAUGGUGACAGAAGUUGGCUGUUGUUAUCUGGCUUCAGCUCUGAGAUCAAACCCCUCACACUUGAUAGAGCUGGAUCUGAGCUACAAUCACCCAGGAGAAUCAGGAGUCAAGCUGCUCUCUGAGAGACACAACGAUCCAAAAUGCUCACUGGAUGCACUUAAAGUAGAUCACGGAGGAGAGUUCAUGAUUACAGCAGGACUACACAAAUAUUUCUGUGAUCUCACACUGGAUUCAAACACAGCACACACUGAACUCGUUCUGUCUGAGGGGAACAGGAAGGUGACAUGUGUGAGAGAGUGUCAGUCAUAUCCGGAUCAUCCAGAGAGAUUUGAUGUGUAUCAUCAGGUUCUGUGUCGAGAGAGUCUGACUGGACGCUGUUACUGGGAGACUCAAUGGAGUGGAAAUGGUUCUGAUAUAUCAGUGUCUUAUAAAGGAAUCAGCAGGAAAGGAGGAAGUUAUGACUGUUGGUUUGGAUUCAGUGUAAACUCCUGGAGUCUGUGCUGCUCUGAUGACAGAUUCACUGUCUGUCACAAUAAAAACAGAACUGUCAUACGCCCCCCUUCACACGGCUGUAAGAGAGUCGGAGUGUAUGUGGACUGUCCGGCUGGCACUCUGUCCUUUUACAGCGUCUCUGACACACUCACACACUUACACACAUUCAUCAGCACAUUCACUGAACCCCUCUAUGCUGGAUUUAGAGUUUAUUCUGAUUCCUCAGUGUGUCUGUGUAAAUCAGAUACACACACACACACACAACUGGGUGAGUGAAAUAUACUCACCAUAUCUCACAUCAACUCCAAACUCUUUCUAGACAUCCUUUAUGAAUUGUCAAAUAAACAAAAUCUCUCAUCAACUAGAUUUACAGUGAGUCAUUGAGUCCAUAUUUCUCUUUUUAAUUUUAAAAAACACUGCCUUUAUUGAAUAUGUCUGUGACAUUCAGCUGUAGUUUAUUGAAAUUCAAACACUGUAACAUACAGUAGAAUAAAUAUUUUAGGGAGGUUAGUUAAACAUACAGUUAUGCUCAACAUGAAAUGGUAACACUUUAGAAUAUUGUUACUUCAUUAACUGGUAACUAUGAAGGACAAAUGAGUAGUACUGCAAUGUCUGGAUGGAAGUCACGAGAGC